CGGAACUGUUAUUCGGCGCUCCUGUUUCCGGUKGGACAGCAGCGGGGACUUAGCGGCUAGCGGAUGUUUUAAAUCCCCUCCGGCUGGGGUUUCAUCGUUUGGUAGCAUGAAAACCAUGUUGGGCAUCAUAUCCAAGGCACUUUGUAGGGUGACAGGGAAGACUGUGGAAACCCAGACCGUGUCUGAGCUGCUGAUCGACCUGUCAGAGUUCGUCAGUGUAACGUCGCCGGCGGCACCCGCCUCACCUCAGGCCCGGCACCAGCCUCCUGACCCACCACCAGUCAGUACUAGAGGCUCUGCUGAGCAGUUAGCUAGAACCUGGACCGACCAGCUGGACGGACCAGGAGCCAGAGUGGUYGUCUCCCGCAGCUUUACUGACUUCACUCCUCAGGCCACCUUUGACAUCAAGAAAUGUGACCUGCACCGCCUGGAGGCGGGGCCUCCGGUGAGGGCGGAGCUAACGAGGGAGCAGGGCCUCCAGUUUUACAGAACCAUGCAGACGGUGAGACGCAUGGAGCUGAAAGCUGAUCAGCUGUACAAACAGAAGAUCAUCAGAGGCUUCUGUCACCUGUAUGAUGGGCAGGUGGACGGCAUGGAUGUCCUGUGUGUCAGAGAGGCUACAAGGUUUGCAGCUGAUCACUGCAGAGCUGGGAAGGGUCCCAUCCUGAUGGAGCUGCAGACGUACCGUUACCACGGACACAGCAUGAGUGACCCGGGCGUCAGCUACAGAACUCGUGAAGAGAUCCAGGAGGUUCGCAGCAAGAGCGACCCCAUCUCCAUGCUGAGGGACAGGAUGCUCGGCGCCAACAUGGCGUCUGCUGACGAGUUCAAGGAGCUGGACUCUGAGAUCCGUAAGGAGGUGGAGGAGGCGGCUCAGUUCUCCACCUCGGACCCUGAGCCGCCACUGGAYGACCUCUGCAACCACAUCUACCACAACGACGCACCGCUGGACGUCCGCGGGACACACCCCUGGUCCAAACUCAAGUCUGUCAGCUAGGCUCCGCCCACAAACACCUGCUGACCCUCCAGACCUGAGGAGUCCAUCCAGAACCAGAACCCCAGCUCCUUACCUGGACUCAUUUAUUUAUUUGUAGUUUUAUAACUAAAUGUAAUUUAUUCCUGUAAAUAGACUCAGAACUUUAAAAUUUAUUUUCUGUGAAUUAAGAAGCUGCAGACGCACAAAACUAAACUUUGUUUAUUUAAGUUUAUUUAAGUUUUAAAAGUCCAGAAACUCACAGCUAAUAAAAAAAACCUUCCAUCAGUGUUUCUUUAAGCUCUCGCUUUUGUUUUUAGAUUUUUAUUUAAUUUCUGAAGAAGAAAUGUGGUUCAUAUGAUGGAAAUGUGAUGUAAAUUAAAAAUAUGGACCAAGUCUGACUGGAACAAAACUUGAACAGAAAGUUUUAAUAUUUAUUAAACUGAAUGAUGUGACUGAGACAAGAUAUUAAAUAAAAUAUAACAAAGAUUGUU